AUGGUGAAGAUCUGCUGCAUCGGAGCCGGGUACGUGGGCGGGCCCACAAUGGCCAUCAUCGCGCUCAAGUGCCCCGCCGUCGAGGUGGUGGUGGUGGACAUCUCGGUGGCUCGGAUCACGGCGUGGAACAGCGAGCAGCUGCCCAUCUACGAACCCGGGCUGGACGACGUGGUGAAGGAGUGCCGGGGGAGGAACCUCUUCUUCAGCACCGACGUGGAGCGCCACGUGGCGGAGGCCGACAUCAUCUUCGUCUCUGUGAACACGCCGACGAAGACCCGCGGGCUCGGCGCCGGCAAGGCGGCGGACCUGACCUACUGGGAGAGCGCCGCCAGGAUGAUCGCCGACGUGGCCAAGUCCGACAAGAUCGUAGUCGAGAAGUCAACGGUGCCAGUGAAGACCGCGGAAGCCAUUGAGAAGAUCCUAACCCACAACAGCAAAGGCAUCAACUUCCAGAUCCUCUCCAACCCGGAGUUCUUGGCGGAGGGGACAGCCAUCCAGGACCUCCUGAAGCCUGACCGCGUGCUCAUCGGCGGCCGGGAGACGCCGGAGGGGCGGGCGGCGGUGGAGGCGCUGAAGGCCGUUUACGCGCAGUGGGUGCCCGUGGAGCGCAUCAUCACCACGAACCUCUGGUCGGCGGAGCUCUCCAAGCUCGCCGCCAACGCGUUCCUGGCCCAGCGCAUCUCCUCGGUCAACGCCAUCUCCGCGCUCUGCGAGGCCACCGGCGCCGACGUGACGGAGGUGGCCUACGCCGUCGGGAGAGAUUCAAGGAUCGGGCCCAAGUUCCUCAACGCCAGCGUGGGCUUCGGCGGGUCCUGCUUCCAGAAGGACAUCCUCAACCUGGUCUACAUCUGUGAGUGCAACGGGCUCCCCGAGGUGGCCACCUACUGGAAGCAGGUCAUCAAGAUCAACGACUACCAGAAGAGCCGCUUCGUCAACCGAGUGGUCUCCUCCAUGUUCAACACUGUCUCCGGGAAGAAGGUCGCCGUACUGGGCUUCGCCUUCAAGAAGGACACCGGCGACACGAGGGAGACACCCGCCAUCGACGUCUGCAAGGGCCUGCUGGGGGACAAGGCCGCCAUCAGCAUCUACGACCCGCAGGUCACCGAGGACCAGAUCCAGAGGGACCUCACCAUGAACAAGUUCGACUGGGACCAUCCCAUCCACCUGCAGCCGAUGAGCCCCACCGCCGUGAAGCAGGUCUCCGUCGUGUGGGAUGCCUACGAGGCCACCAGGGGAGCUCACGCCGUCUGCGUCCUCACCGAGUGGGACGAGUUCAGGGCCCUCGACUUCCAGCGCAUCUACAACCAGAUGCAGAAGCCCGCCUUCAUCUUCGACGGCCGCAACGUCCUCGACGCAGACCUCCUUCGCCGCAUCGGCUUCAUUGUCUACUCCAUUGGCAAGGCCCUCGACCCCUGGCUCAAGGACAUGCCCGCCGUCGCCUAA